AAUCACACGUGGCGAGCUGCUCAAUGGAGCUGGAUUUCAAAGCCUUACAGCCAGCUGAGUACCUUGCAACAUUUCUAGUAAGCCCGAAUCCUUUGCUAUUAUUCAGCGUUGGGUCUUUUGUGCAGGAGCAUGGACUACGGCCAGAUGGGCGGAAGGCAGACGAAGCUCGUCCAGUCACUGUCAACACUGGGUCAGUUUCGACGGCAGAUGGAUCAGCUCUUGUGCGCAUGGGAGGCACUCUUGUCACAUGUGGAGUGAAGGCUGAGCUGUCCAAUCCUCCGGUAGAGAGUGGAGACUGUGGCUAUUUGGUGUGUAAUGUCGACCUCCCUCCCCUCUGCUCCCCUCGUGUCACCCCAGGCCCUCCUACCCCGCGGGGCCAGUCUCUCUCUCAGCAUCUACAGGACACUCUCAUCAGCUGCCGGUGUGUUGACGUGAAGGACCUGAUAGUAGGACAGGACAACCUGUGUUGGGUGCUCUAUCUGGACGUGGUGUGUUUGUGUGACAACGGAAAUGUGAGAGAUGCCGUCUUUUUCGCUGCCACCGCUGCACUCAGGAACACUUCUCUUCCGACUGUGGAUGUGUCCAGUGGCUCACCUGAAGUCAGCUAUCAGCAGAGGCACCCUCUCUCUCUCCCCCACCUUCCUCUUGCCAUCUCUUACUCCCUCUUUGAGAGUCACAUUCUGUUGGAUCCAUUUCACGAAGAGGAAGAGCUGUCCUCCGGCCACGUAUCAGUCGUAGUCCUGUCCCAUUUGAAAAUGGGUCAACCCGAUUGCAAACUGAUCGGAGGCCUCACGAAAUCGGGACCGCCCAGCCUGCCGUCCCAGAAACUGAUUGAGCUGGUCCACAGGGCUCAGAAAAGAGCGAGACUCCUGGCCGACUUACUCCUCACAGCCUCCGGAGACAAGAAAACCUGAACUCUUCACUAAACCCUCCAAUCACAAGUUCUGCAGUCUUUCACAAUCCUAUACUUCCAAUCAACAUAUAAUUAUACCAAUUUAUUAACAUUAACUCCCCAGCUUGCAAUACACAGUAAGGUACCACACGACAAACGUCAUAUGACAAGUGUGUGUGCCAUUGCCAUGAUGUAUAGUAUUACAAUAAUA